AUGUUCCAAGAAGUAGCUGCAAAGAUAAUGUUGUUAGAAUUCGUGAGCACGUUUUUUUAGACGACUUUUGAAGAUGUAUAUAAACCAAAUGUGGUGCGUUUUGUAGCAUCAGUAUCUGGGGUUCGCUCAUUGGAGCUGGUUUCGGGAGUUAGUUCGGCACAAGAGAUGAAUUUGUUAAUAGUAGCCGCGUUGGCCGCGGUUUGCGGCGCGGCCAAGCUCGACCGCACUUACCUGCCUCCUGCAUCAGCCAGGACUGCAGGAGGCAGUGCAGCAUCGCUGCAGGCUCCUAACUCCUUCAGCCAGAACUCGGCUCCUAAAGGGAGCUACGACAAUGACUUCCAGGGCGUGGUUGUCGACGCUGCUCUUGCAGGAACUAGAGGUGCUGCAGGAUCCGAAGAUACUGGCCUCGGCGCUCCCCGUGACACCUACGGUUCCACUGCCUCUAAAGUAGGCGAAGCUGCCUUCCGAGGCGCCCAGGCUGGAUUCAGGUUCCCUCAAGGCUUCGGUCCUAACUCCGCAUUCGCUUCCCACACUUCACAUGAUUCAGAGUUUGAAGCAAGAGAGUCGCCUGAAGGUUUAGAAGUUUCUGGAGAGUCUCAAUUUGUAGAUUCAAGACCAGAGCGUCCCCAAGCAGCUCAGGAACGCGCUGCCAACACUUUGAGGUUCGACAACAAAGUUGGUGAUGAGGGCUUUACCUACGCAUUUGAAACUGAUAAUGGAAUUUCUGCUGAAGAGACUGGAACAGCAACCAACGGCGUCCAAGCUCAGGGCGGUUACUCGUACACUGGAGACGACGGGAAAGUGUACACGGUAACGUACACUGCCGACGAGGGCGGGUACCAGCCCAGGGGUGAUCAUCUGCCGACCCCGCCUCCGAUCCCGGAGGAGAUCCUGAAGUCAUUGGAGCAGAACGCCAGGGAUGAGGCUAAUGGUGUUGUUGAUGAUGGCUUGUACGAUGCUCAGAAGUACAAUGCGGGAGGCGAUUACGCGGAAAGUGACAGCGCUAAUGGUAAACAGAAUGGCGGGCCAUCAGCCGGUACUGGGAACACCGAUGUCGAUGCAAGCCGCACAUUCAUUAAUCAGAACAUUCAGAACGAGCCUUUCAACCCCAACAGACAAGGCGGUGACAAAACAGUGAACCAGUUCACAAGCUUCCAAAAGAACGCUGCGAACAGAGUUGGAUCGAGAAACGAGUAUUUGCCUCCGUUCCAACAGACACAAAACCAAAGGCAACAGAACCCUAACACGGAUAGUUCAGAUGCUGAUUCAUCCUCAAGCUACCAACAUGAAUCGACUGAGGGUUCUGGAAAUUUCCAUUCCCCGUCUCAACAGAACCGACCAACUUCUCAAUCUUUCAGUUCAAGACCCACCACUAAUCAAUUCAAUGACUUCAAACAAAGCACCAUCGGAAAUCAGGUCAACCAACAUGGAAACCGAUUAUCUUCCCAAAGCAAUAGGCAGCAGUUUGGCUCCGCGGCAAACACUGCCCCCCAAAACGGACGUAACCAGUUCUUGGCUCACACUUCAGCCUCUUUCGACUCUCAACAUGCAACUUCCGUCCCUGAUACUGAACUGACUACCGCUUUUGAAACAAGUCCCCAAGAUGCUCCGUCAGCUCCAUCUUCUGCACCUACUACCAACGCAUUUGGUUUCAAGAACCAGCCUAGUCACAACGGACAGUCGCACUUUGCGUCACAAAACUCACAUCUUCAGACUUCCCAGGCCCCUGCACAACCAACCACUCCAUCUUUCCCUCAGUCUAGACCUCAAACCUCUAAUAACCGCCCAGUUGGUGGAAAUAGGAAUACUCAAUCAGCACUCCCUACCCAAGCACCCCGUCAGCAAGAACAGUUCACCCAACAGACUGCUUUUGGUAGCAGGCGCCCUCAAUUUCCUCAAAACCAAUUCUCUCAAAACGCUGAUAACCAAUUCUCUCCCAGCACUCAGAGACCUCAAUUCGCCCAACAAGCUACCGUUCAGGAUGAUUCUUAUUACUACAAUCAGCCUUCUAGAGCUUUUAAUACACCCCAGUCACCCUCGAGGUUUUCAAGCGCGCCAGCUAAUCAGUUUGAUAGAGUAACCCAACGCCCAUCGUCUUCCCAAGCUCCCCAAGAAGAAGAAAACUAUCCUUCAACUGUAUUCCCAUCGCAAAACAGCCAGCGUCAAAGUCCAUCUAGGCGACCUUCGUUCCUCACUCAAUCGACUCCGUCAGAUAACCAGUUCCAGAGUAAUGCUAUCGCUUCAGCUACCAAUGGGAUCACACAAGCAUCCGCCUCUCCUUUUACUGCUCCUACAUCAGCUCCUAGUUUCAACGGUCAGCAUUCGAGCCACUCCAGGCAACAAUUGCAACACUCAUCCCUCCAAUCAAGCCGUCCUUCAUCACCUCAACCCAGCAAGGCUUCUUACAGUGCGCAACCCACAUCCCAAUCGCAGUCCAGUGGAGCUCUAUCGAGCCAAUUUGAAAAACAGAACUUCGAGUCGGCUAAGCCUUUGAGCCAGCAGCCAUUGCAAGAAGUGAAAGAGAUCAAGCUUGAUGACGACACCAAGCCAGAAGCGCCUGUAACGAACCUACAGUACACUGGAGAGGUAUAUGAAUACACCAAGCCAGCGGAGAUGCUGCCGCCUCCAGAAAAUGGAUUCGGACAGUUCGGAACUAAAUUGCCAAGCACUCAGAAACCUGCUGAUCCGCAACCCCAAUUAGGACAGACUGCUUCAGCUCAAACUACUUUGCAACCCCAUUUUGGACAGCCUACCACUACAGCUCAAGCUACCUCUCAAAAUUUUGCUCCCCAAUCUACUCCGUUCACUCAAAGCGCUAAGGCUCAACAAGCCAAUCAAUUCGGAUCUCGACCUCAAUUUGGACAGUCUACCGCUUCAGCUCCGGCAUCAUCGAAGCCGUUUGCGCCGCAACCUACUCAGUUCAGUCAAAGUUCACAAGGCAAAUUCGGAUCCCGGCCUCAGGUCGGACAACCUGGGACUUCGUCUCAACAGGCAACAUCUGAAUCGUUCGCUCCUCAACCUACCCAGUUCAGUCAAAGCGGCAAGAUUUCACAAGGCAACCAAUUCGGAUCCCGACCUCAAUCCGGACAGUCUACCACUUCACCUCAACAGGCUACAUCUGACUCAUUCGCUCCUCAACCCACCCAGUUUAGUCAAAGCGCAAAAGCCCAGCAGAAUACCUUCGGAUCCCGUCCCCAAUUUGGUCAGGUACACUCACAGUCCCACCAAUCAACAUCGUUUAGUCCAAAGCCCCAAUUUGGUCAAGCUAUCCAAGGUGAUCAGUUUAGCGCUCAAACUCAGGAAUCCACUGACGAGUUCGAUGCUAAACCUGUCAAACAGCAGUUCAACCCAGCGCAAAGUCAAACUGACCAAAAUAGUCAUCAAUUCAACCAGCGUAGACCAUCUCAAGGAAAUUUUUUCGCUACUGCUGCUGAAACUCCCAAACCUUUCGGUCAAGGAGAUACGAGCACAUGUUGCCAAGGUGUGUUCGGUCAGCAACCCAGCUUCGGCAAGCCUAGUCAGGAUAGUUCCAUUGCUUCGACUUUCCAAAGCAACUCCGCCUUUAAACCAACGCAGAGUUCGUCAGUCGCCGGAAAAGGAGAAGUUUUUGGAGGACCCAGGGCGCCACCUAGCUUUGACGAAUCGGGUUACCAUAUUAUAGUCCUAUCCCUUAUAGCCUUUGGCUAUGCUGCGAAGUUAGACAGGACGUAUUUACCACCACCUGGAGCUGCGACUGCCGGGGGAAGCCCUGGGUCCCUAAACGCGCCUGGACAGAGCUUUGGGCAGCAGGCUCCAGGAUUUCGAGGAUCUCAGUCUCAGGCGGGACCUGCUACUGGACCGAGCCAGGCCGGUCCUGGCUUUGGUGGAUCUAACCAGCCUUCUGGACCUGCUGGAUUUGGCAAUACUGGAUCAUCAUCAGGAUUCGGACGUGGAUCUAACCAGCCUUCUGGAUCAGGAUACGGACGGCCUGAAUCCAAUCAACCUUCCGGACCUUCAGGAUUUGGCAGCAACGCUGGUUCAUUCGGCCGCCCUUCUGGACAGGCUGGGUCUCAGGCCUUCCAGCCUAGCGGCACUGGUGUUCAACCUCCUUCUUCCCAGUUUGGUUUUGCGCAAAAUGGACCCCAGCAGCCUGAGCGUCCUCAAGCGGCAGCUGACAGGAACGCAGAAAUCCUCCGAUACGAUAACCAGAAUGACGGUGAAACGUUCUCUUACAACUUCGAGACUUCGAAUGGCAUUUCUGCUGAGGAGUCAGGAGUAGCCACGAACGGUGUCCAGGCUCAAGGCGGUUUCUCGUACACUGGUGACGACGGCCAGUUUUACAAGAUUUCGUACACCGCUGACGAGAACGGAUAUCUGCCCCAGGGUGACCAUCUGCCUACACCUCCCCCUAUUCCUGAUGAGAUCCUGAGGUCCAUUGAGGAGAACGCGAGGGCUGCUGCUGCUGGGACUCAAGAAGGUGCCUACAACCCCGAAGAAGACAACGCUCCGGUAUACAACGCUCCCUCCUUCAACAAAGCUCAACAGUUCGGCGGCUCCAGCGGCUUCGGACCUUCGGCCUCUGGUGGACCAUCUGGACCUCAGGGAUCUGGCUUCAAUCAGGGCUCGACCCAAGGAAGUGCUGGACCAACUAGACCUCAGGGAUCUGGUUUCAAUCAGGGCUCGACUCAAGGAAGUGCUGGACCAUCUAGACCCCAGGGACCUGGUUUCAACCAGGGCCAAGGAAGCCAUGGAUUUGGCCAAGGACCUCAAGCCCAAUCAGCCUUCAACGGAAAUGGCAACCAAGCAUUCUCUGGCCAGCGUGCUCAAGGUCAAACUGGAGGUCAGGCUGGCUAUGACUACGCCAGGCCCCAGAGUCAGGGUCGUCAGCUUAAUGGAAACGCUAACGCUAUACCAUCUGGACCCUUUAAGCCUUCAGGCGCUCAGAACCAGGCCAGGCCCUUCCCAGGCCAGAAUCAGCCGAGCCAGCCCUCAGGUCAAGCCAGACCCUUCUCAGGACAAAACCAGCCGUCUGGCCCAGCUUCCAACCAGAGACAAUACCUGGCUCCUGAGCCUCAGCAGCGUCAACCUGGAAACCAAGCCGGAUCUGCUCCUCAGUCAUUCAACCAGGGUCCCCAAGGUCCCCGAAGCCAAGGUCAGGGCUCUGCCCAGUUUAACCAGAACCAAAUUGGAUCUGGAUCGCAGCCUAGCCAAGGACCGUCUAACUUUGGCCAGAACCGCCCUUCCAACCAGCCAUCUCAAGGUUCCCCAGCUCAGAGAGGCCCCCAGGGUCCCCAAGGCCCAAGAGGUCAGGGCAACACUCAACAAGAUGGCUACGAAUACAACCGACCUCAAAACGCUUUCAACGCUGGCAGCCAAUCCAGGCCUCAGGGUCCUAAUGGCUCAAGACCUCAAGCUGCUUUCCCUGGCUCAAGCUCUCAAGGUCAACCUGGAUUCCCUCAGACUGGUUUCCCUGGUGCCCAAGGGCAAGGUGCGUUCCCUGGAUCUAACCGUCCAGCGGCUCCAGGACCUCAAGGUUUCCCUGGUUCCCAGGCACCCAGAGGUCAGGGUCUCGGACAGCAACCCCAAAGGCCUUCCAAUCAGGAAACUUUCGGAGGACCCCGGCAACCACCCAGCUUCAGUCCUGAAGAAGGAUACAAAUACUGAACAGCCAAAGGACGAUAGCUCAUAUGAAUGCGGCAUUAGAAAAUAAACAAAAAAAGUUACUCUGUACGUAGUUUUAUGUUGUACAUAGUAAGUUUAAUGUUUUGUCACUGUGUGAUAGAAGGGAAAUAAAUUAUGCAAUUUUCGAAAGCGAAAA